AUGGGGGGAGUGGAGCUCUGCGAGGAGGAGGAGGACAGCCCCCCCGCGGAGCCGCUGGUAAAGUGCAUGUUGGUGCGGCGGGCCCGGGGGCCGCCCAGCCCGCGGCCCGGGUGGAACAUCCUGCGGACGUGCCGGACGCUGCUGGACUCGUCGUGCGCAGACGGUGGAGCUCUGCGAGGAGGAGGAGGACAGCCCCCCCGCGGAGCCGCUGGUAAAGUGCAUGUUGGUGCGGCGGGCCCGGGGGCCGCCCAGCCCGCGGCCCGGGUGGAACAUCCUGCGGACGUGCCGGACGCUGCUGGACUCGUCAUCUGUCCCAUCUGCGCCGCCUUGCCGGGAGGAGACCCCAACCACGAGGUGACGUGGAUAUCCUUGAGCAGGCUGGUGAAGCGGUCGUUCAGCGGGACGCAGAGCGGCCCCAGCAGGUUAUCCCAACUGGGCUGCAUGUACUCGCUGGCCCUUCGCUGGGCGUCGCUCUCACAGCACAUGUACUCGUGGUUAGGGGCCUCCAGUGGAAACUACUACUUCAUCCCCUACAUCGUGACCCCUAACCACGAGUACAUGUGCUGUGAAAGCGACGCCCAGCGAAGGGCCAGCGAGUACAUGCAGCCCAGUUGGGAUAACCUGCUGGGACCACUCUGCGUCCCGCUGAACGACCGCUUCACCAGCCUGCUCAAGGAUAUCCACGACACCCUCCUGAACGACAUCAGGAAAGCGAGGGAGAAGUACCAGGGGGAGGAACUGGCCAAGGAACUGUCCAGAAUCAAGCUCCGAAUGGACAACACCGAGGUCCUCACGCAGGACAUCGUCAUGAACCUGCUGUUUUCCUACAGAGACAUCCAGGCAAAGCCCUUUCUUUCUCCAAACCAUCGCCGAGGCGCCGUCUGUUGGGAAAGACUACGACGCCAUGGUGAAGCUGGUGCAGACUCUGGAGAUGCUGCCCACCUGUGA